AAAAAGUCCGUCGGCAAUAGUUACACGAGAAAACUCGUGCGUGCUCGGGACGAGGCCCAGGCUGCAGGGACAGGUUAAGGUUGAGGUCCUGAGCUUCAUGAAAUAUUCUCGGCGAGCGGAGGCCGAGGGGUCGAGCGGACGCCGCGCUGGGAUCAGCGGUGGACAUGGAGGAUCUCGGCGAGCAGAGGCGAGGGGUCGAGGCGUGAGACCGGAGAGGAGCUUCGGUCGCCACGAGGGUUGCAGAAGGGACGGAGGGGGCUAGGGCAAAAAUGGUGGGGGAAGAAGGAGGGAGAGAGGACGGAUUGUAUGGUUAUUAUGAAUAUAAUAUUAGAGAGAGAAUGGGUAUUAUAAUCUUUACCUGUGUAAAAUUCUUGGGCUUUGUGUUUUGGGGGCUCAGAGCAUAGUUAUUACGAAUUUGAGGGUUUUUAGAACGUUGAAAAAGUCUUCGGAGGGGAAAGCAUACUUGUUACGAAUUUGGGGGCUAGAAGCAUUUUUCCCUUAAUAUUUUGAAGUUAAUUAGCUCCUCAAAUCAUUGAAACUACUAAUAAACCCCCUCAUCUUCUACCUACAAACAAAAAUGGCCAACGAAGAAAACCGCAGCCUGCACGUAGUAGUAUUCCCAUGGCUGGCCUUCGGCCACAUGCUCCCAUUCCUGGAGCUCUCCAAAGCCUUGGCCAGAAAAGGCCACAGAAUCUCCUUCAUCACCACCUCAAGAAACCUCCAAAGACUCCCCAGACCCCCUCCCGAAAUCUCAGACCUCAUCCACUUCGUCCCUCUCCCCCUCCCUCAAGUCGACGGCCUGCCCACCGACGCCGAGGCCACGUCAGAUCUCCCUGCUGACCGCGUCGAGUACCUCAAGCUCGCCUUCGACCGCCUCGAGCGACCCUUUCGCCAAUUCAUCCAACAAACCUCCCCAAAACCCGACUGGAUCAUCCAAGACUUCGCGCAUCACUGGGUCCCUCCCGUCGCCGAAGAGCCGGUUUUCUUUUCCAUUGUCUCAGCGGGAUUUCUCGUUUUCUCCGGCCCACCAUCCGAGUUCCCCUCAGAAUCGUCGUCGAGAAAGACACCAGAGCAGUUCACUGUCCCGCCGCCGUGGAUCCCUUUCCCUUCGAAGCUCUGCUUCCGUCUACACGAAGCACGGAGGCUUUUUAGCGACAGCGUUGAGCUGAAUUUGUCAGGCGUUUCGGACUACCAGCGGCUAAAACUCACACUGGACGGCUGCAAGGCCGUAGCUACUCGGAGCAGCACGGAAGUGGAAUCCCAAUGGUUGGAACUGCUUCCGAAGCUUUACGAGAAGCCUGUAAUUCCCGUCGGUCUACUCCAGCCCGAAACCGAAGGAAGCGGCGGAAGUGAAGGAAACCACAUCCUCCAUUGGCUCAGCAAGCAGAGCUCAAGAUCCGUCGUAUACAUUGCUUUCGGCAGUGAAGCUACACUGCGGACUGAGUUUACGCAUGAACUUGCUCGGGGGCUCGAGCUCGCUAAACUACCUUUUAUCUGGGCUCUCAGGAAGCCCAGUGAUAUCGCCGCCGAUUUCGAAGAAUUGUUGCCUGAGGGGUUUGAGGAGAGGACUAAGGGUUAUGGGAUCAUUGCGAAGGGAUGGGUGCCGCAAUUGAAGAUAUUGGAUCAUGAAUCUGUCGGAGGAUUCUUGACGCAUUGUGGAUGGAGUUCUGUGAUUGAGAAUUUUCAUUACGGACAUCCGCUUGUUCUGUUGCCUAUAUUUAUUGAUCAUGGGAUCAUUGCGCGAAUUCUCGUGGAGAAAGGGAUUGCUGUCGAGAUCGAACGAGAUGAGGAGGAUGGGUCAUUCACGAAAGAGGCGGUGGCUGCGGCGGUGAGGUUGGCGGUGGUGGAGGAGGAGGGUGAGUGGAUGAGGAGGAGAGCUAAAGAGCUGAGAGAAGUUUUGGUGAAUAAGGAUCGUCAAGGAAAAUAUAUUGAUGAAUUUAUUAAUUAUCUGCAGAACCACGAAAGCAAAACCUCAAAUGCUUAGGACUGUUGUUGCUUAGUUUGCUUGUAGUUUAUCACAAUUAGUACGCUAUGUUUUUUCGCUCAGAAUUUGAGUUCUUGUCCUCCGUCAAAUCUUUGUAUUAAUUUGUCCCCGUUGAUAUUAUUACUGUUCGAAUUGUGACAGUUAGCAGAUAAAUCUUUGAAUUGUGGCAAUUAGGAGGUUUUUGGCUUCGAAAAAUC